UUUACAGGUUGGCAGCUCUGCCCAUUCAACUCUUCCCCUCUUUCAUAAAAACACAUUUUACCUUUUCUUUUUCCUUUUUUUUGUUUUCACUUGCUGACGUGUCUCCUCCAAUUUCCAAUAUUACCCCUCCCCUCCUCUAUAUAUAUACGCCCUCUCUCACUUCCAUUUCCAGAUUUAAUUCAAAGUAAAACUCACAGAAUUAUGGGUAUAUGCAGCUCCUGCGAAUCCACAUCCGUAGCUACGGCCAAGCUGAUACUCGACGACGGGAGAUUGCAGGAAUAUCCUUAUCCGGUCAAGGUCUCCUACGUCUUGCAGAAGAAUCCCGCGUUUUUCAUCUGCAACUCCGACGAGAUGGAUUUCGACGACGUCGUAUCGGCCGUCGGCGACGACGACGAGCUGCAGCCAGGGCAGCUCUACUUCGCGCUGCCGCUCAGCCAGCUGAGCCACCGCCUGCAGGCGGAGGAGAUGGCGGCAUUGGCCGUCAAGGCCAGCUCGGCGCUCACCAAGAGCGGCGGCGGCUGCGGCGACAAAUGCGGCUGCCGCCGGAAUAUCCUCGUGUUUCCCGGCGAGAAUGAUCUGAGGCAGCCGGCGAAACCCGCCGCUGGCGGCGGGGAUAGUAGAUCUGGCAGGAGGAGAUGCGCCGCCGGGCGGAGAGGGAAGGUCACGGCGAGGCUGAGCGCCAUACCCGAGUAGGGGUAUUUUAGGGAAAACGAAAUAUCUCGUUCUGUAAAUAUAGUGCGUAAUGAUGAGUCGAGGGUAACUUUUUUGUCUCAUUUCUGAACAUAAUUUUUCUGUUGAGAUUAAGUUGCAGGAAUUAACCACUCUCUCAUUUUUCUUACUAUUUUUUAAAAAAUUAAAAAUUGGAGGGCGGUUUAAAAUCA